AUGAAAUUAUUAAUUUAUUUAUUACAUGUUUGUGUACUUCUGGCUGCUGUUGGUGCUCCACCUGUUGUAGAAAAUGCUAGACGAGGAAAAGCGCCAGCACCUUCAAGUAAUAAUGAAGAUUCUGAUGAUAUGAUAGACAAGCUUGAAUAUGGACGCUAUUUAAAAGAAGUUGUGGAAAUUCUGGAAAGUGAUCCGAAUUUCAAAAGGAAACUCGAAAAAGCGUCUGCCGAUGAUAUUAAAUCGGGAAACAUUGCAGAACAUUUGAGUCUUGUUCAGCACAAUAUUCGUUCGCAACUUGACGAAGCAAAGCAACGAGAAAUGGCGCGAUUGAGACAAUUAAUCGGAAGAAAAAUUCGCACUCUAAGUGAUAAACAACGUAAUGCAUUGGCUCGAAUUGAUCCCAAUGGAGAACAAAUAAGAAAACUACUUCCUCAACAUCUAGAUCAUGACAAUUCGGAUACCUUCAAUGAAGCUGAUCUUGAACGGUUGAUCCGACAUGCAUCGAAAGAUCUUGAUGAAAUUGAUCGUCAACGGGAAGAAGAAUUCAAACAAUACGAACUACGUAAAGAAUAUCAACGACGAGCGAAGUUAGCUAAACUUACUAAGGACGAGCGAAAACGACUAGAAGAAUUACACCAUGAAGCGCUAGAACAGAAGAAACGUCAUCGUCCAGUGAACCAUCCUGGCAGUCGUGAUCAAAUGGAAGAAGUUUGGACAAAAGUAGAUAAGCUCGAAACAAACCAAUUUAAGCCGAAAGCAUUUUUCAAAUUACAUGACAUAAAUGGCGACGGAUUUUUAGAUGAAGGAGAGAUCGAAGCGAUUAUGUUACAAGAGGCAGCGAAGAUCCAUGACGGUCCAGCAGAUGCAGAUCCCGUUGAGAAAGAAGAAGAAAUGGAGCGAAUGCGACAGCACGUGAUGAGAGAAUUUGAUAAAAAUAACGAUCGAAUGUUAUCCUUCGAAGAAUUUGAACAUGGCAUCGAUGGGAAAGAUGCCAAAAACGAUCAAGGAUGGAAGUCGAUUGAAGACAAUCCUGUUUUCUCUGAUCAAGAAUACCAACGUUUCGCAGAACACAUGCCCCCUAUCUCAACUUCAAUUCCUCCUCAACAAACCCCUUCAACAUCCUCGUCUAGUGUGCAAGCACCGGUAGUAUCGGAAACAGUAGCGAAUGCAUCAUCAGUCGUUCCUGCAAAUCAACCAUUGAAUAUUCCUCGCGCUCGUCCUGCAGCGAAAACACAAUAG